GAGAGAGAGCGCCGAGCCCCGCCGGCGGCCCAUUGAGGAAAGAUGGCCACAGUCAGUGCAAACGGAGUGCUGCGGGAGAAUGGAUUCAGCACCACGGACAGCGGCGGCAGGAUGAACGGGCUCGGCCUCGGUAGUCAGAACACCAUCCCCAUGAAGGACCACGACGCCAUCAAGCUCUUCAUCGGCCAGAUCCCCCGCAAUCUGGAGGAGAAGGACCUCAAGCCGCUCUUUGAGGAAUUCGGCAAGAUUUACGAACUCACGGUGCUGAAAGACAGGUUUACCGGGAUGCAUAAAGGAUGUGCCUUUCUUACAUACUGUGCCAGAGAGUCAGCACUGAAAGCCCAGAGCGCCCUCCAUGAACAGAAGACUCUGCCAGGGAUGAAUCGGCCCAUCCAGGUGAAGCCAGCAGACAGCGAAGGACGGGGAGAAGACAGGAAGCUGUUUGUGGGGAUGCUCGGCAAGCAGCAGAGCGAGGAUGACGUCCGGCGGCUCUUCGAGACCUUCGGCCAGAUCGAGGAAUGCACCGUCCUGCGGGGUCCUGAUGGGACCAGUAAGGGCUGUGCCUUUGUCAAAUUCUCCAGCCACGCAGAAGCACAGGCUGCCAUCAACAGCUUGCACGGUGGACAGACCAUGCCUGGCGCCUCGUCCAGCCUGGUGGUCAAAUUUGCAGACACGGACAAGGAGCGGACACUGCGCCGGAUGCACCAGAUGGCGGGUCAGCUCGGCAUCUUCAGUCCCAUGACCAUCCAGUUUGGGGCCUAUGGCGCCUACUCUCACGCUGUAAGUCUCAGCCCGGCGGGGGAGGAGACGCAGAUGAUGCAACAGCAAGCAGCCCUGAUGGCAGCAACACAAGGGUCCUACCUGAACCCCAUGGCGGCCAUCGCUGCCGCGCAAAUGCAGCAAAUGGCAGCGUUCAAUGUCAACGGCCUGGUGGCGACCCCAAUGACACCAUCAUCAGGCACCAGCACACCCCCAGGUAUCACUGCAACUGCCGUCCCCAGCAUAGCCACCCCUAUUGGGGUCAACGGAUUUAGUGCUCUCGCGGCCCAAACCAACGGGCAGCCCACGUCCGAGCCCAUUUACACCAACGGCAUUCACCCUUACCCAGCACAGAGUCCGACGGUGACCGACCCUCUCCAGCAGGCUUACGCCGGCGUCCAACACUACGCAGCAGCCUACCCUGCCGCCUAUGCGCCAAUCAGCCAAGCAUUUCCACAGCAACCGACCAUCAUUCCCCAGCAACAGCGGGAAGGGCCAGAGGGUUGCAACCUGUUUAUUUAUCACCUGCCCCAGGAAUUCGGUGAUGCCGAGCUCAUGCAAAUGUUCCUCCCUUUUGGCAACGUCAUCUCAGCGAAAGUCUUUGUGGACAGAGCGACCAAUCAGAGCAAAUGUUUCGGCUUUGUGAGUUUUGAUAACCCGUCUAGCGCCCAAGCUGCCAUCCAGGCCAUGAACGGCUUCCAAAUAGGCAUGAAGAGGCUGAAGGUGCAGCUUAAGCGGCCAAAGGAUGCCAACCGACCUUACUGACUGGUCUGCAGUCCUGAUCGAGGUAUGGUGACAUCCACAAAUUUCCCUCUUAGGUGUCAUGUCAACCACGUUUGACAAUAACAAAUAUAAGAUGUGAAUUAAAGAAAUAAAUAAAAAAAUUAAAAAAAUACAGCUUUGUCCCCGUGAGAGAGUAAAUAUGAUGUGAAAUUUGCCCGCUCAAAAGAAUCAUCUUAUCUGUGGGAUUCAGAAUAACAUUAGCAUCUACGGGAUGCACCAGUGCGAAAUUGAUGACACCAUCAAUACCCAACUGUGCAUAAUUACCUGACGACUGGAGACGGCAUUCGCAAUUGAUGCGAGCUGUCAAAUGGACAAAUCCACAAAAGCCAACAGCCUUCCGAGAUCAUGUCAGGAGGUGGAAAGACAGCUUACAGCAACUUUGGUCGUAGUACUCUGGAACCAGUGUGAUUUCAUAUUAGAAUGAUGAAGUGACACGAUUACAGCUCACACAUUUCAAACGGAAAGGCAAUGUAGUACCCCAACUGAAUUCAUUAUUAUCCACUUUCACAAUCUAUGACAUUUUGUAGGAUUUCAAGAUUUGGCAAAUAUUUUAGUUCUCUCCAGUUUCAGGUUUGUUCAGAUAAUUGCAUAUGGUAGCAUUUUAGGUUAGAGAUAUCCAAUUCAAUGAUAAAUAAUUCACCCAUUAUGAGGCAUGGGGUCCAAAAGAGGAGGUAUAAAUAAGGAAUGUAUUGGUUUGGCUCAAAUUCCAAAACACCCAAUCAGAGCAUAAAUGCUAUGUUAUAAAGUAACACACUAAUAAUAACAUAAAACCGGCCCUAUUCCAAACUGUUUUUCUCAAAUAUUUUCUCAGGUGGAUUUCAAACACUUUUUUGUAAAUACAAAAUAUUAAAUAUUCAGUUCAUUUUUGACACUUGAAACGUCUUUACUAACCAAACCAGCAGCACCCUAAGCGAAGCUACUGUACGUCCAAAAUGGUACAAUAUGUCUAAGUCCUAACAGACACUUGGUUCAAAAUGUUUUUAACUUACCUCUAAUAGACACAUAGUCCAAAAUUUUGCACAAUUGGCCGAAUAGACACCCGGUCCAAAAUGUCUGUGUUUGUUGUCAGUUUUUUAUUUUUUAUUUUCCAUCCAUUUCAGCCUUCAACUAACUUUAUCAAACUUUUGCAGCAACAGCUGGGUUUCCAGCCUUCCACACCAGGUCCAUAAUAAUGAAAAAAAAUAUAUAUAAUAAAACUUCAAUGUUGUUUCCCUUUUGUAAAAAAAAAAAAAAAAAAAAAACAACACUAACAAAAACUUUCAUGUUGAUAAAUCCCGAGGCCCAUUGUAUCCUCACUGAUACUUAAUUUUGGUUGGUGAAAUUUUAAUUUAAAAAAAAAUAAAUAAAAAUAAAAAAAGCUCAAGCGCUGUUCUCUUCUACCAGGAAGAAGCUACUCAUAAAUUGUGUUUCUGUGCUGGAAAGAUAAACUUCAUGCAAACAAAAAAACAAAACAAAAAAUAAUAAAAAAAAAAAAAAGAAAAAAUGUGGACCCCUCUCUGUUUGGCCGACCUCAUCGCAAACAAUGCAAGGCAAAUCCAAUUACUGUAGACAGGAGGGUUUUUGAAAUAUGCAUUUCUGCCUUCAGGGUUAUCUUUGUGCAUAUACAAAAAAAGGGGAAAAAACAUCAAUUCAUCCUUUUCAGACCACGAGUUGUCUGAGAAUCUGUCCUCUCCACCACAAAGAGAAACAACAAAUGACUUUCUACGGUGGUGUGCUGAUAAAUUGUCAUUUCUGUUUAACAUGUCAAUUCUGUUGUUUCUUCUUUUUCGUUUACCUAAUCAUUAUAGUGCGUAGCAUUAAUAACAAGAUAAGUGGGUGCUUUGUGCCAUAAGGACCAUCCCAUUAUGUAUGUGUGUGUGUCUCCUUCUUUUCCACCAACCUGGCAACCCAAAUGGCCAGUCACAGUGCGAGAUGGCCUUUCUUCGCUGUAGCCACGCCCGUCACGGGGGCCAGCCAAGUUGGCGCAGCUGUAAGUCGGAGCCAUGGUGUCAUUUGACUUCUGAUGACAUCAUGAGGUGGGACUGUGACUGCAUUGCAUGACGUGAGCGUUGAUUAAACACCAUAUUCUGUCCACCGGCAGCUUGUGGAGUGCAGUGCAACGGACUUUCUUGGCUGGUAUCUGUUACUGUAGCUGCUGUGCUAAACUGGGUCAUUGGACUAUCUCUGGAAGUGGCCUUUAUUAACCCUUUGUGCUGCUGUCUAGUGUGCCCUUGUAAUGCUUUGACUUUAUCAUGUGUGGUUCAUGUUUACGAUGAAACCUCCAAAGUUA